AUGACUGAUCCUAUGAUGGAUUUUUUUGAUGAUGCCAAUCUUUUUAGUGAGACCUUAGAAGGUUUGUCAGAUGAUGCCUUUGUUCAACCUGGACCUGUUUCGCUUGUUGAUGAAUUGAAUUUGGGUGCAGAAUUUGAACCUUUGCACAUAGACUCAUUAAACCAUGUGCAAGAUGCUCAAAAUCAACAAAAGAUGAGUGAGUUUGAUCAGCUGAAUCAGUUUGAUUCACUGAAACUUCACUCAGUAAAUCAGUCUUUUAAUAGCCCAGCUGACAAUGUCUUGUCACCACACUCUCAGUUCAGUUGUUCACCAGUUCAUCCGCAGAACCAGUCUAAUGGGAUGUUUCCCGAUGUGGCUGAUGGUAGUCCUAUGUGGGGUCAUCAAACUGCCACAACUGUUUCAAAUCAGAAUGGGUCCCCCUUUCACCAAGGACAUUCUCAGUCUAUGCAGCAAAACAAAAGCUUUGUAGCACACCAUGACUUUGCCUUAUUUCAGGCUAAUGAACCACAGCAUCAGUGUGCCUCACUACGGUCACAACAAGGCAGAAACAACACGGGGCAAGAUGCUCUGAGUCAGCCAAAAGACUUCAUGGAAGUUAAUGUAUCUACUUCUCUCAGAGUCAGUGUCAACCCAUCUCCAGUCUCUAAUCCAUCGACUUCACAGCAGCCUCUGUCUGUUCAGCAGUUUUCUCAAACUGCAAAUGCUUCAUUACAUUUUUGUGGGAAUCAAGAAGGAAAUUUUGAUGGACAGUCUCCAACUAUCACUCCAUGUUCUGUCAAUAAUAGCCAACAAUUUUCAUCUCCUUUUUCUUACUCUCAUAACCACAUUUCCCCUACAAGCCUUCUUCAGUCUCCAACAGCUCUUUCUACUAGCCAGCAGACACACUCUAUCUCUGACUUCACUGGAAGCGAUGCCUUUACAUCUCAAACAGGGACCAAGCAAGAAACAACCGAUCACAUGUUGAAUCCUAAUACACCUCUGAAUUCAAAUACUUUUCAAAUGUUGCAUUCUACGCAUCCUCAGGGCAACUUUAGUAGUUCAAAACUCUCUCCUGUAAAUAUUAGUUUUUCAGCUUCUACUGGUUCUGCGUCUCAGAUAAGCCAUUUCACUGACCCAAUUGAAAGCAACGGUUUUACGUCUUUAGAUGAGAACUUACUUCAUCAAGUAGACACUCAUAAUGAACCGUUUACAGGACUUGAUCCUGAUGACCUUCUUCAGGAAGACCUUCUGCCACAGUUCGAUGAUUCUGCAUUCGUUCAGGAUAGCACAAGCCAUGUUUUAGAGCAUGACCUAGAACACCAUAUAACCCCCCAGCAAGUAACACAGUCAUCUGACCUUGUUCGGGCACAGUCUCACAGUCAGAUUCAUCCCUGGCAUUCUUCAGUUUCUAAUCAACAUCUGCAAGACAGAAGUCGUGUAACCUUACAAGGACAGGAUUGCGGGGAGCAGCGGGAAACUGACAGGAGGCUUGUUCCGUGCACUCGGCUGCUGCUUGGCAAAGCUAUUAGCAGCAGCAGAUACCCUGGAGCUCGCUCUGUGCAGAUUCAAGACAUUGCAUUGGUUUAUGUUCAGUUAUAUUUGGAUGAUUAUCCUUGCAACCUUGGAAAGUGA